AUGGCCCUGCCGUUCUCCAACAUCGACCCUUUACAGUUCCACCGGGAUUCUCAGGAUCGACCAGAGACUAGCUUUAUGGUCAGUGCUGCUCUCCUCAAUGAGCUCCUGCCCAGGGAGGCUCUCCUCCACCUCUCAGUGCGUCUGGGUUUGCUCCAUCUCUCCCGCUUUCUGAUUGGCCAGCCUAUGGGUCAGAGGGCACUGACCAUGCCCAAUGAGGAGGGGGAAACGCCCCUCCAGCUGGCUCAGAGGAGAGGAGACCACUCCCUCUUUAUGGCACUCGCUACUUCACCUGUCCCUCAGAGGUCUCCCCUUGUCGGGGUGUGGUGUGUAUGGGCAGAUAGCACCCGUGUACUUAGGUUCUGUCCUGGAUCUGGCUGCCUCUCCCUCACCUUCCUGGGGGGCCCUGAGAGCAGUGUUCUGGGCAACAUCCUGGUCCUCAGAGAGAAACUGAUGGACCACAACAUCCUCAGACAGAUCUCAGCACUGCGAGGUGAUGUUCAGAUGGAGGACAGUUACGGAUUGGACGUCCAUAGAAGUGAUGCCAGUGACGGAGGUCUGGGCAGGGGGCUGCCACUUAGAUACCUUACUCUGGUGGAUAGUGUUUUUGAAGAUCAGCUUGUUCUCUCUCUGGAUGAUGAUGAGGAGCUUCCAACGUUACAAACAGGUACGAUCCAUUCAUCUGCCGUGGGUUGGACAGACAGUGGACCUCUGUAA